AUGGCCUCCCAGCAUAACCCAGACGAGUUCAUGGCGGACGGGGACCUGGACCCCUCCUUCUCGGUCGAGUCUUUCUUUGCCGAGGAUGCUGCGCCCCCUGCUGUCUCCGCGCCGCCUCCCGCCAAGAGGGUCUGUGCUGCCGCCUCUUCCAGCUCUGCGCCAGUGGCUCCUCCGACUGUCUCCCAGAGGCCGACGGUCGCUCAUCCUACGGCCCCGGUGGCUGGACCGUCUAACGCCGUGCCUUCCACGUCUACCUCUACCCAGGAAGUAGCCCCGAUUCCCGCCCUGAACCUCACUGGCCGCUUUCUUCGCCUCCGUCGUAAUCGGGAGACUGUCGGUGUUGUCGUGGAAAACCUGGUCCGCGAUACUCAGUCGGUUGUCGUCGUGCUGUUCCCUGAAGCCCUGGAGCCUCACCGCAGCCGUAUUGUCACUCGCGUGCGCAGUGUGCUGCGCGGACGAGAUUUUGCUGGUGGUCGUGUGCCGGCCUUCGAGGCUUCUGCCGGCGAGCUGUUGCAUCUCCCUCGCCGGUCCUAUGCUCGCCACGUGUUCCAGUGGCCUUCGCGGGAUGAUGCCGCUCGUUUCCGUGCUCUGCUGCCGAUUACCUACCGUGCGUCUGACGGCCCAACUGCGGAAAUCAAGGCCUUCACCGACCCUGUCCCCGAUUUCACUGCUGCCAAGGCUCGGGGUGAGCCGGUAUUGGUGAUUCGCAACAUCCCUAUCGGCUACGCCACGCAGGAUGUCAAGGAUCUGCUCGUCACUCACUGUAACGCGGAUGGUGCCAGGUGGUUGGGUGACCUGCAGUUUUUUCAUAAGGUGUUUGACACGUAUGAGGAAUCUUACCUUCCCCAGAUGGCUGGCAUUCCGGUUGCUCCUGUGAAUGACCCGCGGUUUGAGAACAUUCCUGCAGUGAUCUGGCUCCCCGCCGUUCAGGAGCCGUUGCUCGUCAAUGUCUCCUCCCAUUCCUGCGAUGUCUGCCCCAAUAAUCACCACAGUGCCAUGGAGCAUCUUGCCAGCCCAGCGCACGCUGCUGCGCUCCUGAACGUCUCUGGCAAAGCUACUCCCAUCGAGGAGCUCGGGGACAUGAAGGUCCACGAUCUCAACAGGAACGACGCCAUCUCUGCCUUCCUUGCGUAG